AUGGGGGAUUUCAAUGCAGUUUUAUUAGCUGCUAAUAGGGUAAAUGGCAAUGCAGUUACUGAAGGAGAAAGUAAAGACUUUGAUAGCUGUAUGGAUGCUGCAGGGUUGGCUGAGCUUAAAAGUUGUGGGAGUUACUACUCUUGGAGCAAUAAGGGACAAGGAAUAUCUGAUCACUCCCCUCUAGUUAUGUCUUGUAAUAUUCGCCUGGGAGGAGGGAGUAGACCCUUUAAAUUUUUUAACUAUAUGGCAGAUCAUGCUCUUUUUCUUGAUGUGGUUAAAAAGGUUUGGGAUGUGUCCUGUCCAAGGAGUGGUUCCAUGUUCAAGGUAUGGACUAAGCUUAAAGCAGUAAAGCAAGGAUGGAAGGAGCUUCAUCACAAAGAUUUUGCUAAGCUUGAUGAGAGAAUUGAGGGGUUAAGGGCUGAUUUGGGUCAAAUUCAGACUCAGUUAGCAGCUUGCCCUACUGAUAGUAAUGUGCAACAAAGUGAGAGGGAGUGUAGUGAGACUCUUAAGAAGUUCUUGCAUAUUCAGGAGAGUGCAUAUAGACAGAAAGCAAGAAUUCAGUGGCUGCAAGUAGGAGAUUCUAAUUCUAAAUUCUUUUUCAGUGCAAUGAAGGAGAGGAUAGCUAGGAAUAGCAUUGAUAUCUUGUAUGAUGAUUCUGGAAAGAAGCUAAGCACUACUCAGGACAUUCAGGAGGAAGUUAGCUCCUUCUAUAAGCAGUUGAUUGGUACUGCAGCUAGCUCAUUGAUGGGUGUGGAUGUUGGGGUGGUUAGAAAAGGGAAAUAG